AUGUUCUGCCCAGCACACCGAAAAUUUGAAGAAAAUAUUUACAGCAGAAGGAGAGGUUUUCACGAAGCCAUCGGGGACACGUUGUCGCUGUCGGUGUCAACAGUGAAGCAUUUGAGAAAAGUCGGUCUAUUGACACAAGCUCACAAACGUCUGCUUCUUUUCAAAGAAGACGAGUUGGACGUGAAUUACUUGAUGAAAGUUGCUCUGGACAGGAUUGCCUUCAUUCCUUUCGGAUACAUUGUCGACAAAUGGAGAUGGUUCGGGGAUCUUUUCAAGGGAAUCGCUUCUGUGGAUCAAAUGAAUGCUCACUGGUGGAAACUGAGAGAAGAAAUCCAAGGCGUGAAAGCACCAGUGCCACGAACAGAAGAGGAUUUGGACCCAGGGGCGAAAUUCCACGUCGCAUCGGGGUACUUCGUGAGUACUAUGAACCAGUUUCAAUUUUACGAGGCGUUGUGCAAAAUCGCGAAAGAAUACGAACCCAACAAUCCGAAAAAGCCGCUUCAUCGCUGCGAUUUUUACCAGAACCUCGACGCUGGAGACGUUUUCAGAGAGGGCUUGAGGCAAGGUUCGUCUCUGCCAUGGCCAGAUGUGAUGCAAAUAAUCACAGGCCAAAGAAGCAUGACUGCAAAGCCUCUGAGGACUUACUUUUCUCCUCUGGAAAAAUAUCUGGACAAGGAACUUGCUGCUUCCGGGGAAUGCAUCGGCUGGGGAAGAGACUGUCAAUGAGAGAUUUCGUCCCUCGCACGGACUCUUCUGAUUUUGCUUGAGUUCGAAAAAAUUGACAUUCGAUCAGAAAUUUGACUUUUUAAACGCAUUUUUCAUCGUCUUGCAAAAUCGAAUUUCGUUAUUCAGAAUCCCUGCAGUUAAUGUAAAUAGAAAAUGUCAAUAGUGGACGUCGAAGUAUAGUGUGCGAUGUUUUCCAACAGCAUGAACAAAUAUUUGAAGUGUAAAAGUAAUAAAAAAUCAAGGUUCAUCGAGCAGUCUCAAUUUUCUAUUCAAAUUAAUAAAGAAUUCUAGAUGAAACUUGAUUUUUUAACUUUUCGAUGCAGCAAUAUUUUCGAAUGAUAUAUAAUUGGCCUUGACCCAAAACAAUUUUAAUUUAAUUGUUUUUUCCAGAUUUAUUUUUGAAGCUAUUGUGCGAGUGCGGUUUCGUCCGAUUUUCCAAAAUCAUUUCUCUAUAC